AUGGACAGAACUCACUGCUGCUCUGACUGUGGGAAGAGAUUCACCUCAUCAGGCAUUAAAAUUCAUCAGAGAAUCCACACAGGAGAGACAUCUUAUAGCUGUGGUCAAUGUGGGAAGAGUUUUGUUCAAUCUGGCCAGCUGACAUUACACCAGAGAACACACACAGGAGAGAAAUCUUAUAUCUGUGAUCAAUGUGGGAAGAGUUUUAGUAAGUCUGGCUCUCUGACUUUACACCAGAGAACACACACAGGAGAGAAACCAUAUAGCUGUGGUCAAUGUGGGAAGAGUUUUGCUGCACCUAGCACUCUCACUCGACACCAGAGAACGCACACAGGAGAGAAACCUUAUAGCUGUGAUCAGUGUGGGAAGCGUUUUGGUCGAUCUGGAGAUCUGACAGUGCACCAGAGAACACACACAGGAGAGAAACCUUAUAGCUGUGAUCAAUGUGGGAAGAGUUUUAGUAAGUCUGGCUCUCUGACUUUACACCAGAGAACCCACACAGGAGAGAAAUCUUAUAGCUGUGGUCAAUGUGGGAAGAGGUUUACUCAGUCAACCAGCCUGAUAUCACACCAGAGAACACACACAGGAGAGAAACCUUAUAGCUGUGAUCAAUGUGGGAAGGGUUUUAGUAUGUCUGGCUCUCUGACUUUACACCAGAGAACACACACAGGAGAGAAACCUUAUAGCUGUGGUCAAUGUGGGAAGAGUUUUGCUGCAUCUAGCACGCUGACUCUACACCAGAGAAUACACACAGGAGAGAAACCUUAUAGCUGUGAUCAGUGUGGGAAGAGUUAUGGUCGAUCUGGAGAGCUGACAGUGCACCAGAGAAUACACACAGGAGAGAAACCUUAUAGCUGUGAUCAAUGUGGGAAGAGUUUUAGUAAGUCUGGCUCUCUGACUUUACACCAGAGAACACACACAGGAGAGAAAUCUUUUAGCUGUGAUCAGUGUGGGAAGAGUUAUGGUCGAUCUGGAGAGCUGACAGUGCACCAGAGAAUACACACAGGAGAGAAACCUUAUAGCUGUGAUCAAUGUGGGAAGAGUUUUAGUAAGUCUGGCUCUCUGACUUUACACCAGAGAACACACACAGGAGAGAAACCUUUUAGCUGUGAUCAGUGUGGGAAGAGUUUUGGUCGAUCUGGAGAGCUGACAGUGCACCAGAGAAUACACACAGGAGAGAAACCUUAUAGCUGUGAUCAAUGUGGGAAGAGUUUUGGUCGAUCUGGAGAGCUGACAGUGCACCAGAGAAUACACACAGGAGAGAAACCUUUUAGCUGUAAUCAUUGUGGGAAGAGUUUUGGUCGAUCUGGAGAGCUGACAGUACACAAGAGAACA